AUGGCUUUUCGACAAGAUCCAGCGUGCAUCGGAGAAUCAUCGCCUUCAGCAAACCAGAAGCCGGAACUGGAGCAAACCGACACUGCUGAGCUUGCUGUGCUUCGCCAGCUGCUUAGAGCCAAGUCCGACGAGCUCAGGCAAGCAGAGACCAGGGAGAGGGCCGCACAGGAAAAAUUGGCAGAGGAGACCACGGCGCGAAAGGAGGCGAAGGCCCAAGCUGGGAAGAAGAAGCAUGCCCGGCAGCUUGUAGAGGCAGAGGCCGGAGCUGCAAAGGAGAGGUUGGCAGCGGUGGCCAGGGAAAGAAAGGUGCGAGAGGUCCAAGACCGUGCAGAGGUGGCAACCCCACUGUCGGUAGCGGUUGAGCAGGCCUCCCUGCUGGAGGCGAGCCGCAGCGCCCAAGCUCGGCUCUUGGAGGCCCUUAGGGAGGCAGAGUUCUCUGCGCGGUCCCGGGACGAAUUCUUGGCAGUGAUGAAACACGAAAUCCGGACUCCCCUCCACGCAAUCAUAGCCCUCCUCUCCCUUCUCAACCAAUCCGAACUCACGGAGGACCAACAGAGCAUGGAGCAUACGGUCUCCAAGAGCACGACUCUGCUGCGCACCCUCAUCAACGACGUCCUCGACUUCUCACGUCUGGAAGGCGACAGUCUGGCACUGGACCCGCAUCCCUUCCACCUUCCCUCCCUGUUUGAGCAGCUUGAGGCCUUGGCCGGCUCCAUGGCUCAAGUGAAGGGCGUGCACCUCUGGAUAGACGAGGGGAUCCCGGCUUACGUGUCAGAAGACGACCAGAGGAUUCUGCAGGUGCUCCUAAACUUGGUCGCGAACUCGAUCAAGUUCACGGAGCCCGGGGGGCGAAUCACCGUCAAGGCUUCAAGGGUAGAGGGCGGGAGCUCCCCGAAAUAUUUGGCCUUGAAGGUGACCGUCACCGACACCCGGAUGGGGAUCCGUCCGGAGGACCUGGAUGGCAAACUCUUCCAAAAGUUCGUGCAGGCGGACACCAGCAUCUCCAGGAAGUAUGGAGGCACCGGCCUCGGCCUGGCUAUCUGCAAGAGGCUGGCCGAGAUGAUGCAGGGACGCAUCUGGCUGGAGAGCGACGGCGUCGGGCGGGGCUGCACCGCUAGUCUCGUCUUACGGCUCCAGCAUGCAAGGGCAUCAAGGGGUUUCAAGUCCCCCCUCCUUGAAUCGAACGCCUUGAAGGGGCUCCAGGCCCUGGUGACGGACAAAAAUGCGAUCAACAGGCUCGUCACCUCGCGUCUUCUCACCAGCCUGGGCUGCGAGGUGGCCGUCGCCAAAGGUGGCCGCAGUUGCCUCGAGCAGCUUGCCCUCCAGAGGUUCGAGCUCGUCCUGCUGGACCUCUCCAUGCCCGACAUGGACGGCUUCAAGUUUUCGAGAGCCAAACCGAGUUCUCGUACAAGGCAGCUGAAAAUUUCACCGCUCAUCCUUUCCUGCUUUUUGGAAUUCGGUAACCGCUUGGUUGUCAGCCGAAUUGAUAUCAACGGUUCAGAUCGUGUAGAACCCGAAGUUAGUUAA